AUGUAUGUUUAUUGUACAGGGGACCGCUUGCUCGACAUCCCCUGCAAUGUGUGUGGAGACAGAAGCUCGGGAAAACACUAUGGCAUCUACAGUUGCGACGGUUGCUCCGGUUUCUUCAAGCGGUCCAUUCACAGGAACCGUGUGUAUACGUGUAAGGCCGGUGGCGACAUGAAAGGUCGCUGUCCGGUGGACAAGACUCAUCGAAAUCAAUGCCGCGCCUGCAGACUUGCAAAGUGCUUUCAAGCUAAUAUGAACAAGGAUGCUGUCCAACACGAACGGGGUCCACGCAAACCGAAAUUACACUCAAAUGGUAUGAGCUCGCUGCCGCCGCCGCCACUUGGUCACGCACACAAACCGCACCCGCUGAAGCUGUCGCCGCCUUCACCCUACGCACCGCUGCCACAGCCGUUUAGCUUCCAAUUUAGCUUAGGUAGUAUGAACGAAGCGGCGCCACUCAGCGCGGCGUCAUCGGCAGGCUCCAGCGGAGCGGGCGCCGGCGCUGUUAGCCCACUGCCGCUGAUCACUGAACCCUUUCUCGCACCUCCGCCGCCCGCUCUUCUGCAUAUGCUCAUGUCCUCAGAUAAGUGUCAGGAGCUAAUGUGGAGCGCGAAGCAGUUGCAAUUGCAAGGGGAUCCUACGUUACUUCGCCCGCCGACAAGUGCUUUCGGGACUCCGCUUGCACCCACGUGGGAACUACUACAAGAGACAAGUGCCCGUCUUCUAUUCAUGGCUGUGCGAUGGGUUCGUUGCCUGGCCCCAUUUCAAGCACUAGCACCGUCUGACCAGUUAGUACUGUUACGUGCCGCGUGGAAAGAAUUGUUCCUGCUUCACCUGGCACAGUGGUCGGCACCUUGGGACCUUGCGCCACUGCUUGCGGCACCGGCGGCCAGGGCGCGCCUUCCACCCGACCCACUUGCCGACCUCGAAUUGAACACUUUGCAGGAAAUUCUAUGCCGGUUUCGACAAAUAGCACCCGACGGUAGCGAGUGUGGAUGUAUGAAAGCAAUCGUACUCUUUUCGCCUGAUACACCUGGUUUAAGCGAGACUCAACCGGUUGAAAUGCUCCAAGAUCAAGCGCAGUGCAUAUUAGCGGAUUACGUUCGCACCAGAUAUUCACGACAACCAACAAGAUUCGGGCGACUCCUUCUCCUGCUACCUUCGCUGCGGGCUGUUCGCGCGCGCUCCAUAGAACUGCUGCUAUUUCGCGACACGGUGGGCGACGUAUCAGUGGCCACGUUACUGCACGACAUGUACAGAAUGCAACCAGCGCCUGCGCCCGCCCCUACAUUCCCCCCGCCGCCCACCGUCACUGAACAUUGCGGCUCACCAUAA